AUGCCUUUGCCAGACCAUCGCUCGGGUUCUAACGUGCAUCGACAGCCCGAGGCGAGGCCUCUGAAGCGAAGAUCAAGGGAUAUACACCCUUUCGGUACGGGCUCCCCGCCGACGGAACUCUUAGAUGCCCCGUCAUUCAGUACGAGGAGAAGUCCGAUCUUCUCCCAGGCGGAACCUUUUGCCUUGAAUGACUUGGAUUUUGCAAUGCAGCCACAUUCCGGCGGUGAUCUGCCUUCUCAUGGCGAUGAUUUGUUCGCGGAUGUCCUGUUCUCGCCCCAUCAGAAACCCCCUGCCGGUCCUACAGUGGGGGAGAGCCUUUUUGACAAUACAAAAGCUCAAGAGCUAGAUACAAGAGAGUGCUGUCUUCGGCGCCUCACAAGUCUCAGCUCCAGACUCUUUCAUGACUUUAACAACACCAAUUCCGUGAAGCUGCCAGAUCUUCUGUCCUUCUCGCCAUGCCGGAAUCUGACCGCGCCAAAUCAGGCAACCGACUGUCCUCAAAACAUCAUUGGAAGAGUCCUGGAGAGCUCCCACACGUUUCUAGACAUCCUGCAUGGACUCGCCCCGGAUCCAAGACCGACCUCGUCCUCUGAUUCCGAGUGCUCCUAUUCCAACUACUGGGAAGAUGACGAGUUUGUUCCUAUCAGCGAUGAGAUGACUUACAACUCGACAUCGGCCAGACCUGAAUUCCGGGAUUCGAGCGACAUGUGUGCGAGUUCUUCUAACCGAGACUCCUCCGAUCUUUCUGCCGCCUCCCCGACAAUAGACAUGCCCACCACAUUGACCAUCCUCACCUGCUAUACCUGGCUUCUCCAGGCCUAUGAUACUAUAUUCUCGCAGAUAUACUCCAGCCUGCUCGCAGGAACAGAUAGCACGUCGCCGUCAAUGCCUCCAGUACUUCCGGGGUUGCAGAUUGGCGGAUUCAGCCUCGACCAGCAUUGCGACCUGCAGAUCGAGAUUCUCAUCCAGUUGAGUGCCAGGAUGCUCGAUAGGAUCGAGGGAAAGUUGGGCGUCACGGACACAAAAGAUUCCAAUGCGCCGGUUGAUGACCAGGAGUGGUCGCGCAACGGCAGCAUUCUCGACACAGCCUCUGCAUCGACAAUCCUGGAUGCGCUCUUCAAACAGAACCAUUCAGAAACGCGUGCAAAGCCAGGGAAAGGGGCAAGGGCUGGGUCGGUCAGGAAUAUCAUGAAGAAUAUCAGAGCAGAGUUGACAGUUCAUAAAUGA